CGCUCGUGAUCUUUACAAGCUGAGGGAAAGAGAGCUAUGACACAGACGGAUGACUCGGAGGCUACACUCAUAGAAUGGAGAAACCUUAAACCAAAUCCAGAUCAAAAGACUAUCAAAGCUCUCUUCUGUAAGAGCAAUACUGGAAGGACAACACCAUGCAUGAAUGAAGCAAAUUUCUUCAAUGUUGAUUACAUCACAGCCAUAGGUGGGAGGUGGUUGGGGUCCAUCGGCCGCCCAUUGAUGCUGCUGACAUUUUUGUCUUAUUUUGUUAUGAGACCCGGACUAGAAAAGGGAUCCCUGGAGAUACUUGUUGAGAUGGAGAAAUUGUCCGUUUACCAUGGAGCAAUUGGUAUGAAGGAGGGGGAGAGGCAACUGGCGCUGGAUGGACGAGAUGGAUGCUACUUGAUACGAAACAGCGAUUCUGUACCAGGCAUCUACUGCCUCUGUGUGCUGUGCCAAGGAGUUGUCUACACAUAUAGACUUUACAAGCAUGAUGGCGGUUCAUGGGCUGCAGAGAGCGUUCCCGGUGUACCAAAACGGCAUUUCCGUAAAAUCACCAACUUGAUAGCAGCUUUCCAGCAACCCGGACAAGGAAUCGCCAUGCCUCUGCUUUACCCUGUCAUUGCCCAGAGACGGGCGUAAACACACACAGCGGUGUGGACACCCAGUAAUAGCCUGUCACCAACAUAAGGCAGCUCGAGUACUCUGCUUCAGCUGUCGGGUGCUGCUAAGAAACACAAAAUUGAAAAAGAAAACCUCAUGGAGAAUCUUGGUUAGGUACAGAAAUAAAAUGUAAAAUUGACCUUAAAUAGAGAUAUUGUUACAAUUUAACAGCUACAACUAAAAUGUGUUUAUAAACUUGGAUUAUUUUUGCUUUUCCACUGCAGCAGUCAAAAUAUAUAAAUGUAGCUACAAUCGCAUGACUUAGGCAAUGUCUACGCGUAGCAGGGUAUUUGGUAAAAUGAAGUUUUUCAAUGUUUUGGUCUAACAUCCACACGCACUUUUAAACGAGGGUUCUUGAAAACUGUGGCCAGAGUAAAGAAGUGUGAAUUCUGCUUUUGUGGCGACAUCAUGUGGACACUGAUAACAGAAGAUUUAACUGUGGAAACGUCACUGACUGCGACAAACCUUGUCCCUACGUCACACAUGAGACCAAUGUUUACAUUUAGAGUAAAUUAGACAGGUGCUUUUUUUGCUUCCAUUUAUAUUGGUACUAGGGGUGUGCAAUGUUCGGCACCCCACGAUUCGAUUCGAUUACGAUUCAGAGUAAAUUAGACAGGUGCUUUUUUUGCUUCCAUUUAUAUUGGUACUAGGGGUGUGCAAUGUUCGGCACCCCACAAUUCGAUUCGAUUACGAUUCAGGGGGCUACGAUUCGAUUCUUGAACAAUGAUCACGGUAUUGACGAUGAUCACUGUUAUCACGAUUAUCGAUGCAUCGUACAUUACUAAUUAAAAUAGCAGACAAACACAUUUUUGUCCAUUAUUUAUUUAUAAUAUCCUAAUGAUUCAACAGGAACGAUGGAAACAUGCCCAUACAACAAAAACCUGCCCUUAAGCUGCUUUUUUAUAUAUUUAGUUUUACAGGAAAGUGCGAAAACAUUAACUAAUUUAAAGGGAGUACUUAUUUCACUCAACAAUACAAUACAAUUUACACAGGUGGAAUGAAUUCCAAAUUUUCUUGAAACAAAGUGUCUUUAGAAAUAAGCCUUCUUUUAACUAAGAGACUUUGUUUUCACAGAUUUCUGUACUAUUUCGCAUGUUUGUAGUGUUACUGCUGUACUUAAUCAUGGUUUUACACGUUCUGCAUGUGAAAUACACGUUAGUGAAUUGGCUAAUUAGCUUAGCGCUCGGCGCUAACUAUUAACACCUCAAAAACAACAACAAUAAAGGCUAAACAGUACAAGAGGGUUCGUGUACUCACCUCUUGUAGACGCACACGGGUCUUAGCAACACACUCAGGACAUUUUUCAAUUGACAUGACUUGAAACUACAGCUGGACAUCUGAAAGACGAGGAGCAACGAAUUAUCUCUCUUCCCCUCUCGUUCUAAAAAAUAAAGUACACAGAAGCGCGACCCGGCGCGCUUCUGUCCCUGCCUGUCUCAUAUACAAAUUUAUUUUCCAGUCUUUUGAAAAAGAGUUAAUCUCUCCCUCAGUUACAGGUAGCAUCCAUGAUAACGUGCGUGCGUCCGUUAAAGGUGUCCGGGCGGCAGACGUGUCUUGAAUUUCAUUCCGCUGGGAAAAUCAUCGUUUUUGAGCCUUCAUGAAUCGUAAUCGAAUUGUCGCGUGUCGAAUCGCGAUGCAUGUAAUAAUCAAUUUUUUAGGGAACUCCUCUGAUUGGUACCUCGACAUAUGAUCGCUUUGACACACAAUUUUUUCGACAUCCGACGUAAAAUUUGCCUCGCCAUUUGUUUCUACAUCCGACGACAUUCUUGAACUACGACGAUUUAUGACAGCGCCGCAGUUUCUUUGUUUUACCGCAAGACGGACACACGGCGGAUUUUCUUGUGAGGGAAAUCAACAUGGGUUCCAAGAAUGUUAGUGCAAGUGGUGGAAAGAGGUGAUGCUUCCCAUUGAAAUGAAAAUGGAAAUGAUAAAAAACAAAAAUAUGAGCGCGGUGCGUGUCCAUAAAUUAGUUAAGGUGACAGUUAAUAUUGUGGUAACAUCGCCAGCUUCGUCGUUUUAAUCAUUCAUUUCAGAACUUGUGCAACACAAACUGACUACUGUCUGUCGCAGCUGAACAUGAAAAAAAGUAAAAAGUCCUCUCUCACCCUGUCAAGUCACCCACGGGGUGUGUUCAGGUACACCACGUAAAACACAUCCGCGACAUUAAAACCCGUUUCGUUACAUUAUUACAGGUAUUAUUAUUAUUAUUACUAUUACUAUAUUAUUUUUCCGAUUUUUAAUUAAUUAUUUGUUUUGCUCUGUUAAAUUCUAUUUGCAACAGUACCAGCAGUAUUUAAUAAGGAUUUACUCUGGGGUGAAAGUGGGCCAGAACGGUCAGGAACGCAGUUCCGGUAUAAGAUUCAGGGGCAGAACGCAGUUCCGGUGUAAGAUUCAGGGCCGGAAUGCUGUUCCGGUACACCGUGCUUUGAUUCCGAAAAUAUGACAGACAGUUUCAAAGCACUAUGUAAAAAAAAAAAAAAAAAAAAAAGAUGCUAAGCUGCCACACGUGCAUUUCAGCUCCAAGAAGAAAACAAUCUACCAACAUCAGAUUUACAUACAUAAGUGUUAACAACAAGCAUAAUAAAGUGUUUCUGUAGCGUAAUCUGUUUCCACCAAUAUUUAUUAUUAAUUUCAUUCCACGGACGGCAUGGAGGUUUCCUCAGACGCUGCAGUUACAUGAUGAGUCACAUCAAUGUGUGAAUGCACGCAGCAAAGCAAAACGCCUGGACUGAUUUAUCCGUUCAAUUGGUCGACAUACUAACAUGUGAUCAGCAGAGAUGGUUAGCUCUGAUUGGUUCAAAUGUGCUUGUUUUCUGGAACAGGAAAAAAAAAAAAAGCUUGUUGAAUUGAUGCGAGAAAGUAAGGGCAAUGCAACAUAAAAUGGAUCAAAUAUUUAAGCGCAACGAAAGAGUUGAGGAGGCUUAUUUACCACAUUUAGUUUUAUUUGCUCUGAUGGGGAGGUUCGGAACAUUAAAGCUGUCAAUGUGCACUUUGGACUUAUAUUCGUUCAUUUAUGUUAUGAUACAUAUUCAUUUCCUUAUGAUUUCAAAAAGUCAAUGUUUGCGCGAUCUUCAAAAUAUAUUCCAUCUCACUCUGAAUAAAACAAGUAAUUUAUAAUUAUUUUCCUGAAUGUAUGUUACGUAUCUUUAUUAUUUAAAAAAAAAAGUAAAUGUUUACAUUAACUUAUAUUAUUAUACAAUUUCAAUAUACAGUAUAUCCUAUGGUCUUAAGUAGUUAAACUUGAGAUUUGGCCUUUAUUAUGUGAGGAAAUGAGGAAAAAUUAAAAAUGAGAUGGCGAUUGGGGUUAUUGCUGUUUUUGUUCACUUUUAUUUUGCAAAUCAUUGAAAAAAAAUACAAUUUUGAAUGAAAAAUAAAUAAAAAUUCUGGCUCCGUGGUGACCUUUACAUCAGUGAGUUCCGGCAAGAAAUUCUAGCCACUUUCACCCCUGGAUUUACUGUAAUGUUUUUGGGCUGUGGAACAAAUUAAUGGAAAUUAUAAUGUAUUCUUAUGGGCAAAUCCGACCAUUUCGACUUACAAACAAGGUUCUCGGACAAAUUAACUUCAUAUGUAGAGGUACCACUGUAUUUACAAACUCUUGCAGUGCUUCAUAUUGAAGAACACAUGCAAAGGAUUGGGGACGAUUUUUUUUUUUCGCCCAUUGUUAUGAAUGUACUUAAAAAUGAAUGAAUGCGGUUGGCUGUGGAAGCUUUUUUUUUCUUUCUACAAAUGUACUGGUGUGGACGUAAUUAUUUUUCCCAAACGUAAUAGGGCAGGAUCCUCGGUUUAAAAAAAAAAAAAAACGAAAAAAAAACCUGCUAGGUGUAGUCAUGACCUUAAAAUGGACUAAAAUGGCCAGAGAAUGAAAACUGUAAUGAAGGGCUUAGCUGUACAAUUGCAGUCUGUUUUGUUUGUGCCAAAGAAAAUGUCUCCUAACUUACUUGGAAGUGUGAUGUAAAAUAUUCAUCUGCUGAAACAUUCAUAUCCAUUACUGCAUACAUAAAUUGACAACAAAUGUAUUUUUAUGUGAGUGACGAGGAAAAUAAAGGAUUUGGGAAAAUAAGUUCUGAUUUGCUCUCUGACCCACAUACACACACGACACAUUAUA